GGUCACGGGAAAGGAUUUUAUUGUAAAGUACGUUUCCGGAUGUUAAAAUAACGAACGCACGUACACUACCGAUCCUCAACUGGGACACCUAGAUGGACCAACGCCUGCAAUUAGGUUCACCUCCCGAAACGACGCCGAAGUGUGAAGGCUUACCAUCAGACGUGCUGAAAGUGGUCAUUGGUGAAGAGGAGCAGCAGGAGCCAGAGCCCCCCCACAUAAAGGAGGAAGAUGAGGAGCACAGCAUCAGUCAGGAGGAAGAGGAGCGUGUAGGGCUGGAGGAGGCCGACAUCGGCAAGAUCAACGUGAAGAGCGAAGAAGACGAAGAGGAGCAAGCUGGGUGGUCACAGCUUCAUCGCGGUGAGGAGGAAACGAGUGGUCAGGAGGCAGGCUACAUCUUAGGUCCGCUGUCCGACUGGGAAGACACAGCGUCACAAUCUACUGACACUGAUGACGGCGACCACACUGAAGAACCCUUGAAGGCUAAUAAACACUCGAAAGGAGACCACAACAAACACUUUCAGUGUUCUCAGUGUGACAAACGUUUUGGAAAAAAGAAAAAUCUGACAACCCACAUGUCCCUUCACACGCUAGAAACGCCUUUCAGUUGCUCGUUUUGCAGUAAAACCUUUAAGAAGCGCUCCAAUUUAGUCGCCCACUGUCGUAUUCACACUGGGGAGAAACCUUUCUCCUGCUCACUUUGUGGUCUCAGGUUCUCUCAGAAAGGCAGCUUGGUGAGACACACCACCACUCACACGGGACAGAAGACCUUCACCUGCUCCGUCUGCAACAUAAGCUUGUGCCAGCGCUCCGACCUAAUCGUCCACACUCGCAUUCACACCGGAGAGAAACCUUUCACUUGCUCACUUUGUGGCGUGAAAUUCUCCCAGAAAGGCAGCUUGGCCAGACACACUAGAAGUCACACCGGAGAGAAACCUUUCUCCUGCUCCAUCUGCAACAGCAGCUACAGUCGGAGGUCGGCUUUGGUCCAUCACAUGCGCACACACACGGGGGAGGAGCCAAUUUGUAGAUGACGAAAUGUGACGAAAACCUGCACAAACAUGGAACUUUGACUUGUAAACAUGCUGUAAUUAGUGUAAGAAUAUUUGUUGUAAUAUUAUGUAAUAUUAGUACAGUCAUCCUCAUGAUCAACAUCCAACAUGCUAAUUAAACCAAACCUUCCUUGCCUUGAAGGGAUAGUUAGGAUUUCUUUCACAUUAAGUUGUAUGACACCCCCAUCGGCAGUGUAGUACAUCAGCAGUGACUUACCCCCCACUUGGUUUGGUGUGUCCAGUUCUGGUCGGACUUCCGUGACGCUUAGUGGCUGGGUCAUUUAAGUGAAGAGUUUGGCUUCUCCAAACAAUAUGCGUACAACAGAGUCAUACAUUUGCAUCACAAAAAUGCCUCCUCGAAAAAAUGCCGCUCGCAUGUUCUGCUGCUGUGGAACACACACAAGAUGGCCACAGCGCUCAGUCGUCACUGUUGAUGUCAUACAGCAUGUCAAAAAAAUCCCAACUAUCCCUUUAAGGCAGGGGUGCAGCCUGGUGCUUGUUUUUAUUAGCAAAAUAACAAACUAGAGCAGAAACGCACAAUGUCAAGAGAAAGAAGGUAAAUGUUGAUACUAAUAAUAACUGGGGGUGUCAUGAGAUGAGUUGAUGCGGGAGAUUGGGUCCACGAGAUCGAGACUGUAACGUGAAUUUUUAAAAAAGUACAACAAAUAUGACUGGACAAAGACUUUUUAAUGUAACAGAGUCACAAAACAAUGCAGGUGCAUUUUGAAGUGGUUGUUGUCAAAGAUAUGACUGAUGACUUAUGAUGAUGAUAAUAGAAAUAAUGAAAAGAGCUCUGUAUUUAUGUCAGGGCUGCCCAGCUGUCCUUGGAUAAUUAUUACUCAAAAUAUAUAUGACAUACAAAACAUUACACAUAGACACAAAUCUUUGUGCUUUUAUUAGUAUUAGUGUCCAAAUGUUAGCUUUUUCUAGUUACUUUUGCCGCCCACGCGUGUUUUGCCACCAAGCAAGAGUCUGCAAGCUCUGCUUUCUUGGCACUGCUGGCCAAGAUUUUGGAGUUUUUUAGCUGUCUGACGUGCAUUGCACAGCAUUACGGAGGUGAAGCUCACUCCUGCUCGCUGGACACUUGGUGGUACUGCACAGCGGACAGCCUACCUCACUCCCGAACCACUGAGUGAGGUUCCGGGGGCAUGGGAGGGUGUCGUAGGCUGCUCUGAUCAGGAAGCUUAGUCUGCUCUGUGGUGUCCUCCAAAUGUCUGUCCAGCUGAUGCGCCUCUGCACGGUAGCCUCCCAUCGUGUCCAGGCUCCAUGGCUGCCCUGGGAUAUCGCCUUUAUGAGGAAGUGCUCCUGCUCCACCCUGGUGACUUCGUCCACCACCAUGGUCUUCCUCUGCCUCAUGGUAGCUUUGGACCAGAACUGUCGUGGCGCUGCCCAGCCUAGGCCAGUGCGACCUGUCUGGGUUGACCCCAUCACCUCUUUGUGUUGCAGGCUGGAGAUGGCGUUCUCUACCUCGGCAGGUGCUUUCCAUUUACGGCCUGUGCGGAUUGGGACUUUUGCACUCCUUAUUAGAUGGUCAGCAGAGUCCUUCAUCCCAAGUACAAGGUGUGCCUUCUCCUGCUUGUACCCGAGACUGAUGGAUUUCAAAGGGAGCUCCAGCAUGUUCCAUCCAAAGAGGCCUGCAUCUGAGCAGCAGCGAGGUAAUCCCAUCCACUUCCUGAUGUAUCUGUUGGUUAGGCUGUCCAGCUUGCUGACCUCUGAAAUGGGGACCUCGCAGAUCUUAAGUGGCCACAUCACACGUUGGUAUCGUGUGUGCUGGUAGCACCACUCCUUGUGCUUCCCUGGCAGCUGGCUUUGGUCUAUCCUUGCCAGCCCCUCAGCAAGUUGUUGUAGGGCUCUGGCAGUGCUCAUCCUGUUCCUCCUUGCACAAAGGAGCAGAUAUGAUCCUGCUGAGGGUUGAAGGACCUUCUACGGCCCUGUCCAGCUCUCCUGGAGUAACUACCUGUCUCCUGGAAUCUCCUCCAUGCGUCCAGGUACCGCAGUGAUGCCCUGGUCCAGAUCUGGGAGGAGAUCCCCCAGGACACCAUCCGUAGUCUCAUUAGGAGCAUGCCCCCACGUGGUCAGGCAUGCGUACAAGCACGUGGGGGCCACACAAACUACUGAGAAUCAUUUUGAGUUGCUACAAUGACAUUUUAGCUAAAUGGACCAGUGUGCUGUAUCAUUUUUUCACUUUCAUUUUUGGGGUGUCUUUGAUUUCCCCCCUCUAUAGGGUGAUCAUUUUCAUUUCUAUCAAAUGAUGUGGCAUCAUUUUGUUACUAAUACAUCACCCACUUAUUAUCAGGAAACAUAUUCAAGAUCAUUUUUCCCCCAGUUUAGAUCUGAUGUGUUUUCCAAGUGUUCCUUUUAAUUUUUUUGAGCAGUAUAUAUAUAUAUAUAUAUAUAUAUAUAUAUAUAUAUAUAUAUUUAUUUUUUGAGCAGUGUAUAUCAACCAUGUCGCUAAAUUGUCAACACGGAUUUCUUUUAUGUCUGAGGUGUGUUAUGAAGCAGAUGAUAAUGAUACCACAAUGCUUUGUCUUUAAGUAGACUACGUAUAUGCACGAGGUCCUCCGUUUCUACAACAGCGAUCGUCAACUUGCGUGUAAAUCGGAACUUCUAACCCAAAUUACCACCUAAGUCACUCAUAACGUACACAGAACACACGCACGGCACAUCAAGUACACUGAUAAAAACACUUACUCACAAGAAUAAAAAAUCCAAUCCUUACUGUUGUCCACGUGGUUGCCUUGCCCACUGGAAGGGGUGUUGGGGGGGGUGAGACAGGUUUACCAGGAGGAGGAAGUCUCAAUAAUGACAGCACGACUCCUCGUUAGAAUGCGACUUUUCUCUUGUAAUACUUUGGACUUCAUUCUCGUAAAGUUUCAGCUGUUUUUUCCCAUUUCUGCUGGGUUUCACCCCCCCAACAACUUCAACUUCUUCUAAAAGUUCUUCUCGUAAUCAUGACUUUAUUCUCAUAAUAUUUGGACUUUUUCUGCAACCGAAUUUUCCCCAAAACUUUGAUUAGGUUUUUUUGUUUGUUUGUCAUAUCACGUGUUUAAAAAUAACUUGUGUUUUCUUUGUUUGCUACUAAAAGUCCCUCACAAUAUUACAAGUUUAUUGACGACUUUUCUCGUGUCAUAUUUGGACUUUAUUCUCCUAAAGUUCAGCUGUUUUC